AUGGUGACUCUGAUUCGUAAAUUUCUCUCUCUUCACUCUUCAACAAUAAGGUGUGUUUCUUCACCCCCUCUCUAUUUUAAUCUACCAAACCCAACUCCACUUCACUCUCGACCAUUCACUUCCCAAUCCUCACCCCAAGACCAAGACGUUGAAACUGUGUUUCGCAUUGUAAGCACCAGUUCAACCUCAAAAGACUUGACGCAAUCACUAAAAUCAAGUGGAGUCUUUCUUUCAAAUGACUUGAUAGACAAAGUCUUGAAAAGGGUAAGAUUUAGUCACUCAAACCCAUUACGAGCACUGGAAUUCUUCAAUCUAACAUCGAAACGAAGAGGGUUUUACCACACUCCGUUUUCUUUGGACACAAUGCUGUAUAUUUUGGGUAGAAAUCGUAAAUUUGAUCUCAUAUGGGAGGUUUUAUUGGAAACGAAAAGAAAAGAUCGGUCUUUGAUAUCAACCAGAACGGUUAUGGUAGUUCUAGGUAGAAUUGCUAAGGUUUGUUCGGUGAGACAGACUGUGGAAUCGUUUAGACGCUUUAAAAGGCUUGUUCUGGAGUUUGAUACUACUUGUUAUAAUGCAUUGUUGAGGACAUUGUGUCAAGAAAAGAGUAUGAGAGAUGCCAGGAAUGUUUAUCAUAGUCUGAAGCCUGAGUUUAGGCCUGAUUUGCAAACUUUUAACAUACUGUUAUCUGGGUGGAAGUCAAGUGAGGAAGCUGAUGGGUUUUUUGAGGAGAUGAGGCAAAUGGGUAUCAAACCAGAUAUUGUCUCGUACAAUUGUUUGAUUGAUGUGUACUGUAAGGGUAGAGAGGUUGAUAAGGCCUAUAAAGUAGUUGAGAAAAUGAAGGAGGAGGAAAUAUCGCCGGAUGUGAUUUCAUAUACGAGUAUCAUUGUGGGAUUGGGGUUGGUCGGGCAGCCAGAUAAAGCUAGAGAGGUUUUAAAGGAGAUGAAGGAAUAUGGGUGUUAUCCAGAUGUUGCAGCAUAUAAUGCUGCUAUUAGGAAUUUUUGCAUUGCAAAGAGGCUUGGUGACGCUUACAAGCUGAUGGAUGAAAUGGUAGGCAUGGUUUUGAGCCCAAAUGCAACUACUUAUAAUGUGUUCUUUAGGUCAUUUUAUUGGUGCAAUGAUUUGAGAAGCUCGUGGAGUUUGUAUCAGAGGAUGAGGGAAACUGGGUGUUUGCCAAACACACAGUCUUGCAUGUUUCUGAUAAGGUUGAUUAGGAGGCAGGAAAAAGUGGAGUUGGCGCUUGAGAUUUGGAAUGAUAUGGUGGAGAAGGGGUUUGGAUCAUAUAUUUUGGUGUCUGAUGUGUUGUUUGGUUUGCUUUGUGAUAUGGGAAAGUUGGCCGAAGCAGAGAGGUGUUUCCUGCAGAUGAUAGAGAAGGGGCAUAGGCCAAGCAAUGUAUCAUUUAGAAGAAUCAAGGUGCUCAUGGAAUUGGCUAAUAAGCACGAUGCACUUCAGAAUUUGUCAGAGAAGACGGAUCAUUUCGGUUCAUCAAUCCUAACUCCUAAAAAUGAAGAGACUAUGGCAAUGUCAAGUUCAGAGUUGAUUCCAUGCUAA